CUUCCCUGGAGAUGGAGAUCAGCUGGCAAGUAGUCUAGUCGUUGAUUCGGUUGAAUGACAGCUUUAGCAAGUUCUGCAAUUGUGAUGUAGAGGGCAACACUUUUUGUAAAAGGAUAUUAAAACUGAGCCAUAAGUAUUUAAAAUGCAUGUAGUAAAACAUAUUUGUCGGAAUGCAAAAAAGGUGAGAGGUCUUUCCGGAAGAAGACAGUGUUCGAUCCCGAUCUCGAGAGGGACUCGGUCAUUUCAUAACGAUGGGAGAGGAUGGAUAGAUUCAAACAAUAAAACAGCAGUUACUUUAGGCAUUGUAGCAGGAAUAAGUGUUGGUGUCGUGUAUAUCUACAAUGUAAAUGGUUUUAUUGCUGAGUGCAAGACUUCUACCCAGAAAGAGGAUAUAGACACAGGGGUGUCAGUUAAACCAAGGCAGCUAUCACAGGAGGAAAUUAUUGAAAAAGCACGGGAUAUUGUUCAACAAAUUAAGGAUGAGUGUGGAAGUCCAGGUCUGGUUGUUGGGGUCAGUGUGGAUGGUCAAACAGUAUGGACAGAAGGAUUGGGGUAUGCUGAUGUGGAAAACAGAACAAGAAUGAGGCCAGAGACUGUUCUUAGAAUAGCCAGCAUCAGUAAACCUAUCACCAUGGCAGCUGUUGCUAAGCAGUGGGAAAUAGGAAAACUAGACCUUGACAAAUCUGUGCAGUACUAUGUGCCUUCAUUCCCAGAGAAGAAAGUCAAUGAUGUAACAGUCCAGUUAACAACACGCCAGCUGGUGUCGCAGAUGGGAGGAAUUCGUCACUACCGUAAAGACUACAUCAAGAAAAAAGAGGAAAAAGAAGAAAAGGCAAAUCUAAAUGAGAAGAAUGAAAAAAAGAAUCCAAAGGAACAGGGUAAAAGUAGUAACAACAAGCAAGAGUCACAACAGAGUGAAAUGGAGCUAGAGGAAUAUUAUAUCACCAGAAAGUACAAAAGUGUGGCAGAGAGUCUGACUUUAUUUCAGGAUGACCCACUGGUCCACAGUUCAGGAAGUAAGUUUUUGUACACAACACAUGGGUGGACUUUGAUCAGUGCUGUUCUAGAAGCUGUAACCAAAGAACCAUUUGAGAAACAUAUUAUCAAAAUGGUGAGGGAACUUGGCAUGGAAAACACAUUUCUAGAUGAGCAUUCUCCUCUUAUUUAUAACCGUGGAAGGCAUUAUGUCAUGAACAAUAAAAGUCAGCUGCGUAAUGCUCCGUACGUAGACUUGUCAUAUAAGUGGGCAGGAGGAGGUCUAUUGUCCAACAUCCCUGAUCUUCUGAAGUUUGGAAACGCCAUGUUGUACAGCUACCAGUGUCCAAGUAAUUCCACAAACAAAAACAACAAUUCCUCAAACACUAGUCUUAGUGAUUCUCUAAAACAAGGUUUUCUGAAGCAAGAGACUAUGAAAUCAAUUUGGACACCUUUGUUUAAAGCAAGUAAAGAAAAAGAUGCAUUCUAUGGCAUGGGAUGGUUUGUUGAUGAAGAGGGUCAGAAAUAUGGACAGGGAAAGCAGACAAGAUUUUGUGCCUCUCACACAGGUGCUGCUGUUGGUGGAAGCAGUGUUCUUUUGAUUCUGCCCACAUCCACCAAAAUGGUGGAUCAUCCACCAAAAGGAGUGGUAGUGGUGGUCAUAGUGAACAUGAUGUCUGUUAAUCUGAUUCAGACAGCAAUGGAGGUGGCUAAACUGUUUGAAAAUUUUGAAAAAUCUCAGACCUGAUGAAAAGCAACAUAUUAGGUGAAUAAGGAUAUCAAAAUCUGACAUUGUAAACAGAAAUCCAUAAAGUAUCUAACAGAAUCAAUGUGAACUAUAUUCAUAGUACAUGUACUCAGACUGCAGUUACUUGGAAAGGCAUCUUUCAAGAUCGACUAAAUCAGUGGCAAUUUUUAAUGAAAUACAUUAAAUUAUUCUAUUAGUUCUCAAAAUACACAUGUACUCUAAUUAUAAGGUAAUAUGUAUAUGUUUGUCAAAAAUUCUUAAAAAUUUUAUGAUCUGCAUUACCAGAUAAUUAUGUUCGAGUGCAGAUCUGUAAAUUACUUGACUUACAUGUAUCUAUCCAAAACACUGAAUGAGCAAUUAAAUUGUAGUUUGGAAUACUU